UUCACUCAAGCAAAAUCGAUCUGUCCAUCCGAUCCACUUAUAUACAAUGAGCUGGGGGUAGUAGCGUAUAAUAUGAAAGAGUAUCAAAAAGCAGUUCAGUGGUUUGAGUUAACACUGGAUCAUACAUCCUCCGCUCUGAAUGAGAUGUGGGAGCCAACAUUGGUAAAUCUUGGACAUGCACUGCGGAAACUCAAAGAAUAUCAGAAAGCAGUAUCAUAUUAUGAAAAGGCACUCACUUUUCCAACCAAAAGUUUGAGUGCGUUUGCUGGUCUUGCUUAUACUUAUCAUCUUAUGUUGCAGAGUGUUAAAGAUCAUAUUGCUUCGUCUAUCUGGACUGAUCUUAGGUCCAUUGAUAUCCAUCUGAUGAAUGCUUAAACUAUAACGACAUGCACCUUGAUGCUUCAGGUUAUAGCUGCAAUUGUUAUAUACCGCGUGCCAACCAUUGAAUUCUUUGGAAGUAUCUAUUAAUUAGGGAUACCAUUGUUAAGAAAAUUUCUCUAAGAAAUAAGAACCACAUAAUACCAUUGUUUGAACUUGCAUAUAAAUAAGUAUAGACUGUAGAAAGUAGGAGUGCUUUCUUCAUUAGUCGAAGCUAAGUAAUGAUGCCAUCAUGUCCAUGUAUAUUCUGAGUGUAUCUGACUAAUACUUAUGUCUUCUUUUUGUUAUGCAGGAUAAUUUCGAGGCUGCCAUAAAUUAUUACCACAAGGUGUGUCCUUUUGUGCAUUUCUAAUUUACCUACUCCGAAGCAAAUUUGCACCAUUAGUUAUGUGAAAAUAGGACCAUUUUCUGUGAGAUAUCUUUACUGGAAUUCACUAUGCUUUCACUUUGUUAAUACAUGCCAGCAAACCAAACUGAAAAAACUGUUAGCCAAUCAGAUUUUGUUGGAGAAGGGGGACCAACUCCUUUUUGUUCAGUUAUGUUAUUUGCAUUCAUGUAAUAGAAGCUUAGUGACCAGUAGUUUUGCCAUGUGUGU